AGUAUCGAGUGCUCUCAUUGGCUGCUCUGUCAGCCAAUAAAGGAACCUCUUAUACGCAUGUGUUCGUGACUCCAUGUGAGCAGUGCUUCCCUGCUAGCUGGCUAGCUACAGAAUUCAUCAUGCUUCGUCGAGAGGUGAGACAGAGACGGGAGUACCUGUACAGGAAGGCACAGGAGGACAGGCUCCGAACAAUUGAGGAGAAGAAGCAGAAGCUGAAAGGGGCACUCGAUGAAAACCAGCUUCUUCCAACUGAGGUACGCAAAGACGCUCUGCAGCUACAGAAACUACUGGAGUAUGAUGAUGAAGGAGCGGAAGGUAUCAGCUCACACAUGGAUGAUGAGUAUAAAUGGGCUGGAGUUGAAGAUCCAAAAGUCAUGGUCACCACAUCCAGAGACCCCAGCUCCAGACUAAAAAUGUUCUCCAAGGAAGUAAAGCUGAUGUUCCCUGGAGCCCAGCGCAUGAACAGAGGAAACCAUGAGAUCGCUGCACUUGUGCGAGCCUGCAAAGCCAACAACGUUACAGACCUCGUCAUUGUGCACGAAACAAGAGGACAGCCAGAUGGCCUGGUGGUGUGCCACUUGCCAUUUGGACCUACAGCUUAUUUCACACUUUACAACGUGGUAAUGAGGCACGAUGUUCCUGACAUAGGCACCAUGUCAGAGGCCUACCCCCACCUAAUUUUUCACAACUUUACCUCGCGACUCGGCAAGAGGGUAUCGAAUAUCCUCAAGUAUCUUUUUCCAGUGCCGAAGGAGGACAGUAGGCGUGUAAUCACAUUCGCCAACCAAGAGGACUUCAUCACAUUCAGACAUCACACUUACAAGAAAACAGACCACAAGAACGUGGAGCUGACAGAAGUAGGACCCAGGUUUGAAAUGAAAUUGUACAUGAUCAAACUCGGCACCUUGGAGAAUGAGAGCACUGCAGAUGUGGAGUGGCGUCACCAUGCAUAUACACACACGGCUAAGAAAAGGAGGUUCCUCAGUGUGCAAUAGAAACUGAUAAAGGAAUAAUAAAAAUAAAAAUGUGUGUCAAAAACUGUU